GGCGGGCGAUGCGGGCGGCUGCGGGCACCCGGCGGGCUCGGCUGGGCCGCCGCCGCCUUCUCCGGCUCCGCCGCGGGGGUCGCCGCGGCCGCCGCGCCGUCCUCGAACUCCCUGCGUGAGGAGGCGGCGGGCGGAGAGAAGCAUCGCGCUCGAGGCGGAAACCCGGAGGGAGCCCCGCGCGCGGCCUCGCUCACUGCUAUGGACAGUGCUAUCACCCUGUGGCAGUUCCUCCUUCAGCUCCUACAGGAGCCUCAGAACAAGCACAUGAUCAGCUGGACGUCUAAUGAUGGGGAGUUCAAGCUUUUGCAGGCAGAAGAGGUGGCUCGUCUCUGGGGGAUUCGUAAGAACAAGCCUAACAUGAAUUACGACAAACUCAGCCGAGCCCUCCGAUACUAUUAUGUAAAGAAUAUCAUUAAAAAAGUGAAUGGUCAGAAGUUUGUGUACAAGUUUGUCUCUUACCCAGAGAUCUUGAAAAUGGACCCAAUGACAGUGGGCAGGAUUGAGGGAGACGGGGAAGCCGUAGGCUGCGGCGAAGUCACCAGCAGCUGCAGAGAUGCGGAGAGCGGGGGCAGGGAGAGGCCGCCUCAGCCUGGCGCCAGGACCUCCAGCCGCAACGACUACAUACACUCCGGCUUGUACUCCUCCUUUACCCUCAACUCUUUGAACUCCUCCAACAAGAGGCUUUUCAAACCGAUCAAGCUCGAGAACCCAGCUGAGAAGUUGGUGGAGAAGAAGCCUCCUCGGGAGCCAACGCCGUCUGUCAUCAAAUUCGUAACAACGCCUUCCAAGAAGCUACCAGUUGAACCCGUGGCCGCCGUCCUGUCGGCCGGCCCAAGCCUUUCUCCAUCCUCAGAAGAAACUCUCCAAGCGUUGGAGACUUUGGCUUCCCCCAAACUGCCUUCCCUGGAAGCCCCGACCUCCGCCUGCAGCGUAACAACCGCGUUUGCCACCCCACCUGUUGCGUCCGCACCGCCUCCUGUGCAGGAGCCUCCUGGGACGCCUUCGCCGCCGCUGAGCCCCAACCCUGACCUUGACACAGACAUCGACUCGGUGGCUUCUCAGCCCAUGGAACUUCCAGAGAACUUGUCGCUGGAGCCUAAAGACCAGGAUUCAGCUUUGCUGGAAAAGGACAAAACAAGGAAUUCCUCGAGAUCCAAGAAACCCAAAGGGUUAGAGCUGGCACCCAUCCUCGUGAUCACGGGCAGCGACCCGAGCCCGCUGGGAAUAUUGAGCCCGUCUCUCCCCACGGCUUCUCUCACGCCAGCGCUGUUCUCCCAGACGCCCAUCUUACUGACGCCGAGCCCCCUGCUCUCCAGUAUCCACUUCUGGAGCACUCUCAGCCCUGUUGCUCCCCUGAGUCCAGCCAGGCUGCAAGGUGCUAACACACUCUUCCAGUUUCCUUCUGUACUGAACAGUCAUGGACCGUUCACUGUGUCUGGCCUGGAUGGACCACCCACCCCUGGCCCAUUUUCCCCAGAUCUACAGAAAACAUAACCUAUGCACUUGUGGAAUGAGAGAAUCAAGGAGUAAAGAAACAGAAAGACAUUCAACAUGAUUACAUUUGAAGUGAGCGAUUAAUAGUUCUACAAUGCUGAUAAUAGACUAUUGUGAUUUUUGCCAUUCCCCAUUGAAAUGCCUUUCUGAGAUUCCCUUUGACUAUGACUCAAGUUGGACUGUAUAUAAAAAUGCCUUAAUUGGAGUCUAAACUCCACCUCCCUCCCCCUUGCCCUCUCCCUCCGUAACUCCUCCUCUUCCUUCCCUCCCUCCUUCCUUACUUCCUUUCCUCCCUACCUCCCUACCUCCUUCCCUCCCUCCUGAAUAUUUUGAGCUUUGUGUUUAAAGAAAUUUUUGGUGGGGUUUAGCAGUUAGCUAUGCUUUGUAGGAGCAGUUAAGAACAAAGUUAUUCCUUCUGCCUUAUUGGGACCCUUUGGCCAGGAAAACAUUUAUGCUUUGAGUAUAUUAGUUGAAGAAAUGUUAAAUGCAGUUGGCCAUAUCUUUAGGACUAAGUGUGUUCUGUUGAAAGACUAAAAGUGAGCUAUGUAUGAGCAGUGAAGGAAAAGGAUUCCUUCCUGUUCACACCAAGUAAGAUUAGAGCAGUACUGUUGGGGAGAUUCUGUUUUGCUGUGAACUAUAACAUGUGUAAGCAGUCCACAGCAAGGCAUCUUAUUACCUGUAUCAGGGUGGGUCUCUUAACCGUGUGUGUGAUCUUGUCUGAACCUGUGAACAGCAUGGAGCCUGGUCUGUUUCAGCGUAGGAAGAUUUUUAAACGUGGGGUUUACGACCACAUUUUGCAACAACCGGUGAGAAUAGGGGACCCGCUCUCUAGCACAGAAAUGUCUGCUCGCUGGGUGGUAUAAUUACACACCCGUGAUAUGUACAGGAUGGUAAGUGAUGGCUUUUAGGAUGGACCUGGGUUGUGAAAUCUCGAGGCAUCUCUGAGUAAAACAUUCAGUUGAAUAACUUGAAACCACAUGUGGGGCUUUCUUUCCCAGUUAGAAGAUACUUUUUCUUUUCUGUUCACUGCAUAUUUUAUCUUUUAAAUUUCAGGUUGUUAGGGGUCGUGAUCGUUUUAAAGAUGUCAUUAGGCAGAUGAAAAGCAAAGUGAAGCCUCCAAGUCUAUAGUGAGGUAAAGAUGUUAUGUCUUUGAAAAAAAGUUUUUUUAUUAGAGAGCAGCAGAAUUUGUUUGGAAACGCUCAUGUACAGGGAUUGGAUUGUUCACAGUAGUAGCGAAAAACGUAGGCCUUCAUCUCUACGUUACCACAUUUAUAAAGUAUUGUCAUAUGGUACUCAGCCCCAGGUGGAGACAGAUUUGUGGAUAGUCCAAGCUGAAUUGAUAACCAGCAUCACAGUGGAAUCUUUGGGAAGACUUGGCUCUUAAAGCCUAGGAUUAGGUUAUAUGCCACGACCAGCACUACAACACUGCCCGUUAGGAACCUCAUCUUUUAACCCUAGAAGUAGAUCUGUAAUGGAGUCCCAAACCAAAUGGAAUGAGGGAGUACGGUUUUGAGGGCUCCAAAUGACACUGAUAGGAACCAGCAUCUUCCAGAUGUAGAAUGUUCACUUUAAAUAUGUUUCUGUACAGUGUGGAGAAGCUACAGUGUGAGACAUGCCUGUUAGUUAGUAGUCAGGGAGGGACAACAUUCAGGGAGCCGUCUUCACACCUGUCGUCUUGGGGACCCGUUCACUGGUUCGUCAGUGGCUGUCGGCUGAAAGGUGUGCUCCUGAGGUGCGCGACAGUUCUGGAGGCAAUGUUCGGUAGCGAUGGGGAGCGGACGGUGGACUUCUCUCCCACACGGAGUCGCUUCGUGGGCAUGCUUCUUUGGAAUCAGACCUCAGCAGCACUUUGGGAUAGUUUUAUUAGGUUCAUGAAUAUUUUGUACAUUAAAUCUAAGUAUUGAUGGCUCGAUUUAACUAGAUAUUUUAAAUUUUGAAAGCACAAAAGUAUUUUAUCUUUUUGAAUUAAAGGAGAAAAGCCAUUGGUUGUUUUCAUAGACAAUAUCUUUGAUGACUAACUGUGUCAGCACAGGGGUGCCUGGGAAUCAAGGGCACCAUUAAAACUCAGUCAAAGCAGCUUCCUGGGAACCAGUGUUUGUGAGGCCUCUUGUCUAUAAACCUACCCCGGAAGCCUCCGAGAGGUGUGGGCCUCAGGAGAUGGAUGAUCUGCUUUCUCUUUGAGAUCAACUGACGUGGAGAAGUGUGUGCAUGUGCGUGCGUGUGCGUGUGUGUGCGUGUGUGUGUGUGUGUUUCCUUUUUCAAAUGAAAGUUUACAACCUCAGCUCAAGUGUAUGAGGCAGACCAUUCUGUUAGUAAACUACCUCCUUCCUGGAAAACUCUCAGCUUCAUGUUUUUUUGAGCAUCCGGUGUUCUUAGCAUCCAAAGGUGACAUACCACUUAAGAUCCAUAUUCACUGGGGAGACUUCUGUUGGGUAUCUAGCUGGUAUCCAUCACAAGUCACUUUGCCAGGACGUUCGCUGGUGGGCAAAAGUAGCCUAAGUGAAGAUAAGGGAGCAGGUUGAAUGAGCUUUUGAGACAUCUGUGGUUAUCUUAGCUUUUCAUCUGCUCUGGCCCGUAUCUACUCAUUUGUAUGCUGGGAAAUGUUUAACAACCAGGCUUUCUGAAGGGGAAAAAACAAUCCUUCAAUUGUAGCAUUUGCUGAUUCCCAUGAUUAAAUUAUUUCCCCUGUGGCUGAUUUUAAGCUACUACCUUAGAGCUGAGAAGGGAUGAACACAGUUGGCUCAAAGCCACACACACUGAGCCAGCAAAGCACCGCAUUUAUUCCAUCCUAGGGUGGAUUUUCACAUAAUUUCUAAAAUGAUUUUCUUCCUUGUUCAUAUGCUGAUUUCUUAAAACACAAAAUUAAAAUCACAUGGCUAGCUUCAGUAAUCUUUUUUUUAAUGGUUUGUCAAUGCCUUUGUGAGGUUACAUUCCUCAUGGCGUAUUUUGUGUUUUAACAAAGGUAGAAACUUCCAUUGAUUUUUAAAAAUAUGUACAUGACGGAAUAAUCCAGAAACCCUCAAAAAAAGUCAAUGUAAGCUAUAUAAGCAGAGAUUUUUUUUUUUCUUCAGAUUUUGAUGGGGGAACUAAGCCCAUGAGCCCAUGUGUGUGUAUAUAUACACACACAUAUAUAUACCUGUAUACACACACAUACAUGUAUGCAUGUGUAUAUGUGUAUAUAAUGAAAAAGGGUCCUGGAUUUUUUUUUUUUUUUAAACUGGAAGAAUUCUUUGAUGAUUUGCAUACUGUAUGAGAGAUCAAAACAGGCAUGACUGUUGAAUCCAAUCACCGGGCACAAUUUCUAGUUUUCUCCAUACUGUGCGACUCAGACGUGGAGGGGAAAGUAAAUAAAUAAAGAGGUGUGGGAUUCUGUGGCUGUAACUGCAGGCUAUUGGUAACAUCACUCCAGUUCCAUUCAAACCUGUUGUGUGAGUUUUAGCCUCAUAACUUUGUUUCAUCCUGGUCUCAGAACAGGUGAUAGGAUUCUGAAUUUCUUUUUUUUUUUUUUUAAUUUUUUUUUUAAUGUUUUUAUUUAUUUUUGAGACAGAGAGAGGCAGAGCAUGAGCAGGGGAGGGGCAGAGAGAGAGGGAGACACAGAAUCUGAAGCAGGCUCCAGGCUCUGUGCUGUCAGCACAGAGCCCGACGCGGGGCUCGAACUCACGGACUGUGAGAUCAUGACCUGAGCCGAAGCCGGACGCUUAACCGACUGAGCCACCCAGGCGCCCCUAGGAUUCUGAAUUUCUAAAGGCAGUUUUGUAUGUUUCUGGGGAAUUUAAGCACUAGAAGCACUCAUUGCCAUUUCAGAAAAGCAGUCUGCAGCCUUUUCGAACACACCUUGAUCAGUAAAAGUUUUAAACACCGUAUUUCCUACUGCGAAAUCAUACGUGUAUAAGUGGAGUCGUAUGCCGCUGUAGGAAAGGCACAUGUACGUUCUGAGAUGUACACAAAAAUAGGAAUUAAGGAUGGUCUGAACAGUAAAUCUUGACUGGAAGUUGUACUGUUUUCUUCCCGCCCCAGUAGAUGGUCUCACGCACCUUCUGGCAGCACGUGCUUUGCCUUAAAGACCACGGACUCGGGACACUGUUUCACUGCUUAAUCUUGAAAAUAAAACGUGGACACUUUUGUUGUGAUAUAUGGAGAACUCCUUUACAUAUUUCAUCUGAUUUUCAUGUAAAACCCCUAGAAGUUUGAUUUGGAAUUUUUCAGUAAAAGUUGUCUUCAGCUUCCUGAGAUUUUAUGUUAAUUCUUUUUUGUAAAUAACCCCAUUACCAAAUGUUUUCCAGAGCUUUGUGCAUAUUAUUUUUGACAGCCUGUUGGCUCUUGUGUCUUCAUACUAGAUAUGACUCUUUAAUUUACUUUUAUGUUACCAGCCUGCUUACAAACUUCUUCUGGCCUUAUUAAUACUGUAUUUUACCAACAGAUUUGGAAUUAUGUUAAGUUGCUUUAUGCUAAAAUAGAUAAUCACCCCCACUUUCUGGCUGCAUUCAUAGGCUUUGCUUUAAAAUUUUUUUUUUAAUGUUUUUAUUUAUUUUUUGAGAGAGACAGAGAGUGAGCUGGGGAGGGGCAGAGAGAGAGGGAGACACAGAAUCUGAAGCAGGCUCCAGGCUCUGAGCUGUCAACACAGAGCCUGAUGCGGAACUCGAACCCACGAACCGUGAGAUCAUGACCUGAGCCAAAGUCAGACGCUUAACCGACUGAGCCACCGAGGUGCCCCUGUAAGCUUUGAUUUUUUUAAUUUGUUGGAACAUUUCAGCAUCUCUUGAAGAAAUACUUUCCUUAAUGGGUCUGUGCUAUUUAUCACUUACUUGUAUAUAUUUUAGUUGCCCAUGCCAGAAAUCUAGAAUUGUGCUGAGGUGUGUAGACAAGGAUGGAGACGGGUGCAGGUGUCUUUGUGCAGAAAGCUCCAAAUGAAUUCCCAAACCAAUGGGAAAGUUAAAAAGACUACUCAUGAUGUAUGUAGUCUGUUAGCUGAGGGCAUGACAGAACAUGUUCUUUCUAAAAUGGAGCUGAGAAGUUAAUUGUUUAAGCCAUAGUAGGGAAGUGGAGGCCAACCAUAAUUACCUUUCUUUAGCAGGUAAUCUGAUCAGAGAAUGGGUCCCAUGGAAAAUAUUUCAUUAAUUAUCUUCUUGCUUUGGGGUCAACAAAUAGAUGUUAUUAUUUUUAACGCUGCUAGCAUUACCUGAAGCAGGGUGCCCUGUUAUUCCUCUUAGGUCAUCAGAAUUCUGCUUACUGAAGUUUGAAGUUUUAAUCUCAGAGUCUAGAAUUCUUGUGGGUGGUAGUGUAUUAAGCAAGAAAAAGGCGGUUUGAUUUCAUUUCUCGUACUUGGUAGAACCUGUUAGCACAAAAGUCAUGUUUUGACCUGUAAACAGAACAGUCUGAAAGGUGAGUUGUUGAUGCGGUUUAAAUGUUCCAUUUGAAGCUGCCAGUUUCUUCAGGCUUUUCUGGGGAAAAAAAAAAAAAAAAGUAAGUGCUAGAUUGACAGCCUGACGGAAAAUGGCAAUUGCUAGGAUGCCGCCAUUCGCACUGAGCGCUUGUGAAAGAUGGAAGUCCAGAGUGGUUUGUGUGAGAGGGGAGAUGUUGGCUUUCAGGCUUUCUGCAGAAACCAAGAAAUUCAAGCUGUCGUUAACAUCAUUUUAAAUGAAACCUUUAACAAGAAAACUCAUGAGGGAUACGAUUAAACAUGGUAAGGCUCUUGAACUCUAGUUUUUUUAGUGUAAUACGUAUCAGAAAGUUUUAUGAGGUUUAAAAUUUUAUUUUGAAAUGUGUAAUUGGGGGACUGGAGCAUUUCUUUUCAAAUUCAUUCUGGUUUAUCGGCUGAGUACCGUGUGUGUGUGUGUGUAUGUGUGUGUGUGUGUGUAAACAAAUCUGUCUUUCAGAGGGAACAUAUAUUUUUCAUCCUCUAGGAUGGCUCCCAGGCUAUUUUAUACUAAAACUUAAAAAAAAAAAAUUGGCUGCACUUUGCAGUUGCCACUUUUAAAAAAUUAAUGCCUUGCACAUUUCAGUUUUUUUAAAUUCUUAGACUCAUAGGCCUUAAAGAGUAAUUGCUUGCCAACAUUUUUAGAAAUAGGAGGCUGCAUGUGACAUGCGGUGAACAAAGCCACGUUAACCCACUCGCUUGUGCACGUAUCACUGCUCAAAUACAGAUGCCCUUUCCUAACAUUUCUACACUAUCACUUUUGUUAUGUUGGGGUCUGAGUUUCUCAGAGAGGGGGUUUAUACUAAGAGUAGUAUUUCUAAAAUACAGAUUUGACCGUGAAUUGGUAAAACAGUGGACGAGUUGUGGCUUUGUCGUCUAAUUUAUCCUUUCAGACUGUACAUAAUAAGCAUUAGCAGAAACCUCAGAGUAUCCCGGGCUGAAUGUUCUUCUCAGCUUGCUCUGUUUCCCAUCUCCUGAGGGCCCAUUCUGAGUCUUGUCCCUCCAAGGAUUAUGAGCCGCGCUAGGACAGGCCUGGGAUCCGGACAGGGUGGGCAUGCCCUGCGGCUAGGCCAGAGCCGUAGCCAACGGAAUCGUCCAAAUAUGCCCAGAAUAGAGUUCAUACUGGUAUUAAGUCACUUGGCACUUUUGGGGGCACCAUUAUUAGCACUGUUUUGUUAUUAAUAACUGGAAGCACAAUGGUAAUUUUGAUUCAUUUCAUCUUAAGGGUAUGGAGGGUCAGAGAAGUAAUGUCGAUUUCUCGUUUAUGUUUUCUGGAAUUAAGACUCUUUGGAGAAGAGGUAAAUGGAUUACCUGGUGAGCCAUUCUUUAAGGCUCUGUAAGGUAUGCUCUUUUGGCUAGGAUGUUUUAAAAUCAUUUACAAGCUUUUAAUACUCUGCUUUGUGGAAACGUAUGACUUUUUAAAUGAUUUGCAAUUGAUGGAGUUCACUCAGCUUUGUAAACUAUCCAAUUACAUGUUUCUUUCCUGUUUUAUCGUUGUCGCUCAUUGUCUGUUAGGCAGUGGGACGCAGUCCCUUCUAAGACAUUUCAUGGGUUUUGUUUUUGAGGGCAGUUUUACCAGGGCCUGCAUUACAGUCAGUGCUUAUGUAAGAAGUAGCAAUAUCUUAUCAACUUCCCUGUUCACUGUUAGUGAAAUUAACUAAUAUGCAUAUAUGUAAAGAUAGAAAUUAACACAAUUGAGUUUUGGUCACUCGUGGCCUAUUUAUUCGGUUUGGCCGUUUGAUUUUCCUAAUCACAGCCCUGUCGGUUUCUGCACUUUUGCCUUCUUGCAGUUUCACUGACCUCUGUGGGUAGGGAAGAUUCAGUGUGAAACUCAGUCCAGUCAUUUUGCCACUGAUAGCUUUGGUUUGAGGUGAAUACAAUUUUUGACCUGAAACUAGUUUUUUAGAAUUAUACCCUUUUUUUGGCCAGAUAAUCAAGUUGGCUUUUUAAAAAAGUGUAUAACCUUGCAUUUUGAAGAACAAACUAAGAAUUUUCUAUGAGUCCUAACUGGAUCUUCAGGUGUGGACGUCACUUGACAAUGGAAUGUUAUUAGAUAGUGAACAUUCGAUUUUCAUCCACCCAGUGUAUAAUGCAGAGGAAAAACAUGCCUGCUGUGGCGUUAACACCGGAGAGAAGUUUUUUUUUUGUUUUUUUUUGUUUUUUACAUCAAUGUCUUAAUUCGGGCUGUGUGGUCAUCAGAACUUGUUGGGGUGUUUCCCUCCAACCCAGAUCCACUUGGCUGAGAAGACAGUUCUGUCACUGUUUGUUUCCCCCUUGUUUAUUGAAAUCUAUCGCUCACGAUACCUAAUAUCCACCGCUUCUGUAUAAAUGGACCGUUUCUAUGUGAUGCAGGUGCACACCUACCCAAAGGAAUGAAUGACGGUUAGAGCAGCACUAGUGACUUGUUAUAAUUUCAGUAUGAUUUACGUUAGGGAGAUCUUCAAAGUAUUAACAUUGCUUUUUUCUUCUUUUUCCUACAACAGCAACGGAAAUGAUGGUAACUGCUAACAUUUAUUGAAAUUAUACUGGUUGUUGGGGCAGCUGGAGAGAAGCUGCCUUGUCUUCUAGCUCAGCAGUGGGACUUAGCCUGUUGGGAAACAAAGGGGUGUUGUUUUAAGGUUGAUUAGAAUGACGGGAGCCAGAGUCUCGGAUUCUAAUUCUUGUGGCAAAGAACCUUCCCACAGAGCGUAGGUAGGUGAGGAAGAGGAUGCGCUAGCACUUUGAGGGCUUUACGAUAUGCUGCUUUGAAAAGAGAAAAGGACCGUUGAUACUCAGUGCAUCUCCAGACAUAGCAAGGGGUUGCUCUGAUAACCAAUCAGGUGAUCGCUUUUUCUCUCUCACUUCAAGUUUUAUGCAAAAGUUUUGUUACAUUCUGUAAUGGUGAUAUGUGUCUUUUUAGAAAGAUGAUAUGUUAAAAACAACUAUUUUUAUGCAGGAACUGACAGAGGAAUUUGCUUUGUAUAAUGGCAAGCUAGCUUUAAGAAAGCACCGUAGCAAAUUUACUGAAGUCUGAAACUACAUAGAUAUGUUAAUAGAUAUAUGUGCAACUAGAUACGGACGACAAUUGUAUUUUUUUAAAUAAAUAUUUUUAACAAAAUGA